GAUUGGUUAGUUUAGUGGCUUUCUGGUUGACCGACCAGUCAUGAGCAGCGCGGGACUCGCGCUUCUCCUCCUCCUCGUUUGCUCGUCGUGGCUCCUCCCCCGAUCUGAUGCCAGGAGGACGAUGGCGGCUGCAGGGGCGCCGGGGCCGCCGAUCCGGGCGGUGAACCUCGGCGGCUGGCUCCUGACGGAGGGCUGGAUACUGCCCUCCCUCUUCGAUGGCAUUCCCAACAACGACCUCCUGGAUGGCACCCAGCUCCAGUUCAAGUCCGUGACCCAGAACAGGUACCUCGUCGCCGACCAGGGCGGCGGCGCCGCCAUCCUCGCCGACCGGGUGCAGCCGUCCGGCUGGGAGACCUUCAAGCUGUGGAGGAUUGAUGAGACGACUUUCAACUUCCGCGUGUUCGGCAACCAGUUCGUUGGCGUCAACGCCACCGGCGGAGUCGUCGCGACGGCCACCACGCCGGGGCCGUCGGAGACGUUCCAGCUCGUGCGCAGGGACAGCGACAAGAGCAGGGUCCGCAUCAGGGCGCCCAACGGGCUCUUCUUGCAGGCAAAGACCAUGGAGUCAGUGACAGCAGAUCACAGUGAGGACACAGACUGGGGUGACGAUGACCCGUCAGUUUUUGUCACAAAUAAUGUCGCCCGCUUGCAAGGGGAAUAUCAGAUAUGCAAUGGCUAUGGCAUAACAAAAGCCACAGAGGUGCUCAGGAAUCACUGGAAUACAUACAUAACCGAGAACGACUUCAAUUUCAUUGCAUCAAGUGGACUGAACGCGGUGAGAAUCCCAGUUGGAUGGUGGAUUGCCAGUGACCCCAAUCCUCCACUUCCAUUCGUUGGAGGCUCUCUCCAAGCGUUGGAUAAUGCAUUCAGCUGGGCAGAGAAGUACAACUUGGGUGUUAUUGUGGACUUGCACGCUGCCCCGGGGUCUCAAAACCCAUUCGAGCACAGUGCAACUAGAGACGGCUCGCAAGAGUGGGGAACUAGCGAUGCAAACAUAGCUCAGACAGUGCAAGUCAUCGAUUUUCUCGCAAAAAGGUAUGCGAACAGCCCAAGCCUCCUGGCCAUCGAGCUUCUCAACGAGCCGUUGGCGCCGGGCGCAACCCUGCCCAGCCUGAAAAAGUAUUACCAGGACGGCUACAACGCCGUGAGGCAGCACACAUCGACAGCCUACGUGAUCAUGUCCAACAGGUUGUCCGCGGACGCGACCGAGCUCCUUCAGUUCGCCGGCGGCUUCUCCGGCGCCGUCCUCGACGUGCACUACUACAACCUUUUUGAUAGCAAGUUCAACAGCCUCACCGUGGACCAGAACAUCGACUUCGUCAGGAACAACCGCUCCGCUGACCUCGCCGCCGUCACGAAUCAGAACGGGCUCCCUCUCACGUUCGUGGGGGAGUGGGUAGCCGAAUGGACCAUUCAAGGCGCAUCGAAGACAGACUACCAGAGGUUUGCGCAAGCGCAGCAAGAGGUUUAUGGACGAGCUACCUUUGGAUGGGCCUAUUGGACGCUCAAGAACGUGAAUAACCAUUGGAGUAUGCAGUGGAUGAUCCAAAACGGAUACAUCACACUGAACAGCUAGAGGUCAGGCUACAUAUACAAAGUCUGUAUUUUUAAUAAAUGAAUAAAAACAUUAUGCUAGCUGCACCAGAAAGGGAUGCAGAAGGCAUUGCAUUAUUAUAUAUGAAAUUUUUUUGACGAACCGCACAAGAUAGUGCGGGUUU